UGCCCGCCCUUCGCCUCCUUUUCCGCGGCCGCCUGCUGCGCGCCUGCUGAUUGGCUGCCGAGGACGGAAGCUCUGUUGGUGUUUCUUCAGAAGUUCCCCCCCCUGGGCGGCGGCAGACCUGGUAACCAAGGUAGAAAACGCUCGGGCCGAAGCUUUAGUGGUUCUUAGGGAUGGCGGCAGCUGCAGCAGGAUCUGCGACGUCCCAGCGGUUUUUCCAGAGCUUCCCAGAUGCUCUGAUCGACGAGGACCCCCAGGCGGCGUUAGCGGAGCUGACUAAGGCUUUGGAACAGAAUUCAGACGAUGCACAGUAUUACUGUCAGAGAGCUUAUUGUCACAUUCUUCUUGGGAAAUACCGUGAUGGUAUUGCUGAUGUAAAGAAGUCUCUUGAACUCAAUCCUAAUAAUCCUACUGCUAUCCUUAGGAAAGGGAUGUGUGAGUACCAUGAGAAGGACUAUGCUUCUGCUCUAGACACUUUUGCAGAAGGACAGAAAUUAGAUAGUACAGAUGCAAACUUUGCCAUCUGGAUUAAAAGGUGCCAGGAGACUCAGAAUGGAUCAGAAUCUGAAGUGUCUGCAUCUCAGAGAACUCAGUCAAAAAUCAAGUAUGACUGGUAUCAAACGGAAUCUCAAGUAAUCAUUACACUUAUGAUCAAGAAUAUUCAGAAGAAUGAUGUAAAUGUGGAAUUUUCAGAAAAAGAGUUAUCUGCGUUGGUGAAACUCCCCUCUGGAGAAGACUACAAUUUGAAGCUGAGGUUGCUUCACCCUAUAGUACCGGAGCAGAGCACAUUUAAAGUGCUUUCAACAAAGAUUGAAAUUAAAAUGAAAAAGCCAGAGGCUGUGAGAUGGGAAAAGCUGGAGGGGCACGGGGAUGAGCCUACAACAAAGCAGUUCACAGCAGACGUGAGGAACCUGUACCCGUCGUCAUCUCAUUACACCAGGAACUGGGAUAAACUGGUGGGUGAGAUCAAAGAGGAAGAGAAGAACGAGAAGCUGGAGGGCGAUGCGGCGUUAAACAAGUUGUUUCAGCAGAUCUACUCAGAUGGUUCUGAUGAAGUGAAACGCGCCAUGAACAAAUCAUUUAUGGAGUCUGGUGGUACAGUCUUGAGCACCAACUGGUCUGAUGUAGGUAAAAGAAAAGUUGAAAUCAACCCCCCUGAUGAUAUGGAAUGGAAACAGUACUAAAUAAAUCAGUUUGCUAUUACA